GAUUAGCCAAACUAAAGAAAUAUCAAGGCAAGGAUAUUAUUGGCCAAACAUGCACAAAGACGCCACUUACUUUGUUCAGAAAUGCCCGAAAUGUCAAUUCUUCGCACAUUUGACUCACCAACCAGUGGAAGAGCUCACGAACUUGGUAGCAUCGUGGCCAUUUGCUCAGUGGGGAUUGGAUCUUUUAGGCCCAUUUGUGAAAGGGGUUAGUGGUGUAACCCAUCUGGUUGUUGGUGUGGAUUAUUUUACAAAGUGGGUUGAAGCUUGGCCUUUAUCUAGUCUUACCUCCAAGAAGUUAUGGCAUCAAGUUACAGUUCACCUUCGUUUACCACCCGGAGUCCUUGUCAUGGCAUACAGAACCACGAGCCGAACUGCCACAGGUGAAACACCCUACCACUUGGCCUUUGGUACCGAAGCAGUCAUUCCUGUUGAAAUAGGAGUCCCAAGCUUCCGGGUCACCCAUUUCGAUAAGGACGAAAUGGACAACUGCUUCGGGAAAACCUUGAUCUACUUGCUGAAGUCAGAGAAGAAGCUUGGCUUCGAACUCUUAAAAACAGGUCUAACAGGGUUUGAAACUCGUUUUGGCAAACUCGCCCCGAAUUGGGAAGGCCCUUACACCGUGGCCGAGGUGCCACAUCCUGGUGCCUAUGUCCUCCAAGACGCUGAAGGAAAGAGAGUUCCUAGAGUCUGGAAUGUCAAUAACUUGAAGAAAUUUUACCCCUAAUAAAUUCUUUCAAGUGAUCUAUGUCUUACUGUUCUUUACGCUUCUCACUUCGUGUUUGUUGAGAUUCAUUUUACCUCUUAUUCUAUGUAUCUGAGGUCAAUCAGUUUAUUCAUUCCUUGAACCUCGCUUCUGUUAAUGAAUGUCACUUCACAUU